GGAAGAUACAAAUAAUGGCUGAUUCACAUCUAUCUGCUAGUUUGUUGGAGCACAGCCUGCACUUCACAACACACAGGCAGAACAUCAGAUCACCAUGGAUGAAUCCAACAAGAAAGCGCAUCACACUGACAUGUUUAACACCUCCGAGCUGAUACUGAGACGUGGACAAUCAUGCAAAAUAACCCUGGAGUUUAAUAAACCUCUGACAGACUGGCAAAGUAUAGUGUUCACUGCACAAACAGGUCCAAAGAACUCGGGAUAUCACAACACGAAUAUACAAUUUGCCCUGUCGAGCUCAUGGAGCAGUGGGAUGUGGAGUGCCGUUCUGGAGUCAAGCCCUGGGAAUUCUCUAUGUAUUAUCAUGUGCAGCCCAGCAAACGCCAUCAUCGGAAGAUACGAACUCAGUGUCCAGAUAUCCGCCAUGGGACAAACUUCCACAUACUCACUUGGGAAAUUUAUUCUGCUUUUCAACCCAUGGUGUCUAGAUGAUGAAGUUUACUUGGCCAGUGAAGAAGAGAGAAAAGAAUAUGUUCUCAACGAUCAUGGUAUCAUAUUCAUGGGGAAUGACAAAUAUGUUUCUGGCAUGGGUUGGAACUUUGGUCAGUUCGAAGACAAUAUUCUUAACAUCUGCUUGAACAUCCUGGACAGAAGCCUAAAUUGUCAGAAAGAUUCUGGAGGUGACCACUCCCAGAGGCACAGUCCUAUCUAUGUGGGCAGGGUUGUCAGCGCAAUGAUAAACAGUAAUGACGACUAUGGUGUUCUCGAAGGAAAGUGGGAAAAGGAAUUUUCGGAUGGUGUUGAUCCAAACAGCUGGAAUGGAAGCGUUGAAAUUCUUUGGAAGUGGUACAAUGACAACUUUAAGCCAGUGAAGUAUGGCCAGUGCUGGGUUUUUGCAGCAGUCAUGUGCACAGUCCUCAGGUGUCUUGGCAUUCCAACCAGGGUCAUCACAAAUUUCAACUCUGCCCAUAACACUGAUGGAAACAUGGCUAUUGACAUGCACUAUGACCCAGAAGGAAAAUUUCUGGAGACCUCUAAUGACAGUAUCUGGAAUUUCCACGUCUGGAAUGAAUCCUGGUUUAUGAGGAGAGACCUCGGUCUUUAUUUUAGUGGGUGGCAGGUACUCGAUUCAACGCCUCAAGAACAAAGUCAAGGCACUUAUCGUUGUGGACCCACCUCAGUAAUUGCUGUCAAAGAAGGAGAUUUGCAUGUGGGUUACGACACCCCCUUUGUGUUUGCUGAAGUGAAUGCAGAUCGUAUUACCUGGGUUAUGCAUAAAGAUGGCAGCAAGGAGAAAGCCUAUAAUGAUAGCAAGUACGUUGGCCAAAACAUCAGCACUAAGGCCGUGGGUAGUGAUUCGCGUGUGGAUGUAACAAACAGCUACAAAUAUCCAGAAGGAUCUCCUCAAGAGAGGGAUGUAUUUGAAAAGGCCUCCAGAAAUAUCUCAUUUUAUAGACAUCCAUCAGAAAAUGUAAGUGCAAAUCGAUCCCACACAAACAACAGACCAAGGAAUAAUACUCCACUUGGACGGUUUUCAUCAUCAACACCAAAUUUAUCAACUUCUGUAAAUGGAAGACCGGGAGCCAUAAAUAGAAAUGCAAGUUCUCUCGUACCUUCACCGUCCACAGGAAACCUUUAUCAUCCAUCACACACUGCAACAGGAAAUCAUGUACGUCCAUCUUCCCCUUCACCAACUCCUCCACGGCCACGCUCAUCAGUACCAUCAGUUAAUGGGCGAGACAUCUCUGGGAAGUUUAAACUCCUCAGUCCUCUUGUGGUUGGACAAGACAUCAACCUCAUUUUAAAUCUACAAAAUCAAACUCCUUAUCACAGACCAGUAAAGGUGAAUCUAAGCGCUUCCUCUGUUCUGUAUACUGGAAGAAGAGUGAAUGACAUCUUCACAGACCAGAAGUCCCUUAUUGUCAGUCCAAAUCAAGAUGCACACAUCACCUUGCAGAUUCCCUACUCCCACUACUAUAAAUACAUCAAUUAUGGGAAUAUGAUAGAAGUGGUCGCUCUUUGUGAAUUACCUCAUGGUGAUAAAAUUGUGGUUACAAAGAAUCUGGUCUUGGAGAGCCCAUCUAUUGUUAUCAAGCCUCUAGGUAGUGCUAUGCUGUACAAGACAAUGGCUCUAGAGAUUCGGUUUAGAAACCCCCUUAAUAUUGCCAUCAGGGACUGCAUGCUGGUGGUGGAAGGCAGUGGCCUUAUUGACCGUGAGCUUACUACUAUGGUGCCCUACCUGAAACCAAACGAGAAGAUAAGAUUCAAGGUGGAGCUAACGCCCUACAGGACGGGCACAAGGCAACUUAUAGUGAAUUUUAAGUGUAAACAUUUUACAAUUAAAGGCUACCAGCUACUUAAUGUGAAUUCCUGGUAACCUGCAGCCAGUGCCCGGUGGGCGAUCAUAUUACCCAUGGUAUUUGUGUAUUUAAAGAUGUAACAUUUUAGGACUCUCUCUUAAAGGGAAAGAAUCAUUUUAUUAUAAAAUACCUAUGCAGUCGGCCAGUAUUAAUGACUCAAUGUCCAUGGUAAUUAAGUGUUAUCGUGUGUACAUUUAAGUAGCUAAUCCCUAAAAAUAGGGAUUCGCUACUGAUUUACCCACCCAGACGUCGGAACAGCAAAAUCUCCUGACAAAAGUGCUUUUUCUGUCAUCACACUGUAAUAUAGGUCAUUAAAGGGCUUUUGUCACCCCCCAAAACUCAUUUUUCAU